AAGAUUUGGAACCAGAAGGUGAGACUGAGGGCCUCAGCGACAGUUGCAGUUUGAAGCUUCGCUCAUCAGGAUGAACACAGUGUCAGAGAUCGUGGACAUGAUCAGAAGCAUUCCAUGUCCGGACUCAAAAGCUACAGUCCAGUUCUAUGACAGCUGGGCAGAAAAUUAUGACAAGGACAUCUCCUUGUUGAGGUACAGAACACACCUUUCUGCCAUUGAAUUCCUGACAGAACAUUUCAGUGGUUCUCGUGAGGAAGCUGUAGUUCUGGACGUAGGCUGUGGUACUGGCCUGGUUGCUAAGCUGAUGAAUGAGGAGGGCUUCAAACAUUUUACUGGUGUGGACGGCAGUCAAGGCAUGCUGGACAAAGCUAAGGAGCGUGGACUCUACCAUUGUCUCAAGAAAGCCCUACUGGGCUCAGAUUUACUUCCUGUAGAGAAAAAUGCAUUUGACGUUGUGAUUGCUGCUGGUAGUCUGGGCUGUAACUACAUUCCAGUCAGAGGCGUCGGAGAAUUUUGUCAGGCUGCUAAGCCAGGAGGUUUGGUGUGCAUCUCUCUAGGUCAUCACACAGAAAAAAGGCAACAAGAAUUCAAGGUGAAUCUGGAGCAGAAGCUCCAGCUGAUGGAGAAAGAAGGACUCUGGAGAGAAGUGGGAAUCAAACAGUUUGAGUGUUAUAUGCUCAACACACAUGCAGAGGCUCCCAGAGACAGCGAGGAGCUGCCCUCUAUUCCAGGAACCUGUUACCUGUAUCAGAAAUGUUGAUUGUAGAACAAUAUUAAUAAAGAAACAAAAUUCGAAACUG